AUCUAGACCAAUUGUUUGCGCCCAUCGAAUCGUGGAAAGCGACAACGAAAAAAAAAAACGACCAUACACACAGUGGACGAAAAAUGGCUGUCGGGAUUUCAGAUUAAACAUAUUUUUGAUGUUUUUUCAAAUAUUUUCAUCAUAAAUCUACUUGAAACUUAAGUUUAUUCGAUUAACCAAGUGUUUAUUUCGAAGAACUGCCCAAAAGUCUGAGUUCAAAUGAUGUCCAACACAGGCGCAACAGCAUUUGGUAAUGGUUUACAACAACACAAUCUCACUGCCGCCACAAUUGAUUAUCUAAAUCAUAAUGGGGCCGCAGCUUUAGCCACUUAUCCUGGCGUUACAACGCCAGAAAGUGGACUAAUUUUAGAUAAACAAUCUGCUGCGGCCUAUUAUGCCCCAGCUACAAAUCCAACAGCAUAUUAUUCAACACAACUUGUUGCACAAGCGCCUGGGACAAUUUUGAUAACUAACAAUUUCGGACCAGAUGAGUCAUCAACAAUCUCAGGAGUAAACAAUAGUUUCACUAAUAGUUCAAUAAGAAUCGUAACGCAUAACAAUAAUAAUAACAACAACAACAAUAUUAAUAACAAUAACAACAAUAACAGUUGUGGCAAUAAAUUGCCUUCCUUAGAUGAGACAAACUUUAACUUAAACAGUGAUAAGCAACAACCGCAUCAAUAUCAUAAUCUUCAUCACUUGCACCAGCACCAACAUCAUCUACAACCGCCACCGCCAACGACUAUGCAGACAAUGGCUCUGCAACAUUCUCCAUCAUCAUCAUCAUCUCUACCCAAUCCAGUAAUAAAAAUGCCAAAUUCCCUAGUGACGACGAGGGGACCAUCGUCAGCAGGGCCACAGACAAAUACCUCGACUGUAGUGUUAGAUAGAAUAAAUAUAUGCAUCAACAAUCAUUAUGGAGACGCAACCUCAAUACCAACAACAGCAACAGCAUCAGGCACAAUCGCGACCGCUGGUCUACAUAGUCCCAUAAUCCCACCAAUAGUAAAUCAGAAAACAACAAUUAUAGACACAUGUGCGCCGCCAAUGAUGAUGAAACAAUUGGAUACAACUUCCAACAACAUGCUCGAUAUGCAUAUCGAUGAACCCGAUUCGACAACUUCGACCCAUUGUCACAGUGAAUUCGCGGCGCCCAUGGAGCAAGAUAAUCAAACAAUUCUCGAACAAGAAACCGAAGAUCAAGAAGUCGUCGAUAUGGAAAAAAGUGUCAGUUUUGAAGAUAUUGCUAUGCAAUCAUUUGAAAUUGGAGAAGACGCAUUGGUAAAACGUCGCGAUGGGCGUUAUUAUCUUGGUACAAUUGUUGAUAAACAUAGGCAACAAUAUUUGAUGCAAUUUGAUGACAAAACAGAUUAUUGGUCAAAUGUUGAUGAACUUACAAAAUUAAGUGACAAUAAUGAAAGUAAAUUGAAGCCAAGAUGUCUGACUUGUAAGGUUGAUAAUGAUAAAGAUGUUGUUGAGAUUUGUGAUCGAUGCGGCAGAGGGUAUCAUCGACAGUGUACUGACGAAGUGUCACCGAAUUCUGGUCAAUGGAUGUGCAAGAGAUGUGCAAAACCAAUGAAGUAUUCCAUAAAAGAUCAAUCAGUUAAAAAAGUAAUUAAAAAGACGACGAUAACUAAAAAUGUAGUAAAUCAGCUUCCAUAUGAGUUGAGUGAACUGACUUGGGAUGAAAAACAUCGUGUUAAUGUCGAGAAAAUCUAUUGCUAUUGCGGCAAGAGCGGACAAUUUGAUAACAAAAUGAUACAAUGCUGUAAAUGUAAGCAGUGGUUCCAUGCUGAUUGUGUUCAAUCACAAAGUCUUCAAUCAAUAUUCAGAGGCGAUGUAUUUUACUUAUUUGGUUGUUUACUAUGUAAUAAUGGCAAAGAAUUCCUUCGACGUCUUGAAAUCAAAUGGGUGGAAUUAGUACAUCUAUUGCUCUACAAUAUGUCCAUAAGGAAGAAUUUCCAAAAAUAUCAUCAUCUACACAAAGAAAUUUAUCCGUACGCCCUUGAAAAUAGAAAAGCAUUACAAUUGCCAAAAUCGAUGCUCGAUCUUUCAGAAGUGGAAUUUAAAAAUGAAUUAUUAAAAACGCUACAAAACAAUCCAAAGUUAUUCAUUUGUGGUAGAGAAUUGAAAAAAGAAUUUGCAGUUUGGAGCUUACGUGUUACAAAACCUCCACAAAGUCCUGCUAUAAAUAUUCUUAAAGAUGAAGUUCUUUGUAAUAAGUUUAUUAAGGAAAAACUUAAACUAAAUAUCUUGCCCUUUAUUGAGGACGAGGAAAAGAUGGAUAUGGAUGUAGAUGAGAAUGAUGAUGAAAUGGAGCAGGAGGAGAUGGAAGAACAUGAUAUUGAUAAAAAAUCAACUCAAAAUGAACUAUCAUCAUUGGCAAAAUCUAAAUUCAAUUCAAAACCUGAACUGAUAGCCGAAAAUGAUGAUGAUAAAUUUACAUCAGACGAUGAAAUUCCCAUCAAACAAAUACUCGAACAAGUUAAAUCAGAAUCAACGAAUAUGCAAGAUUUAUCCGAUCCGUUGACAGAACUUCUUGAUCAGAUUCUUCCCAAAGAAGAAUCUGCUGUUCCAAAAGAAACCGCCACCGAAAAAUCUAAAGAGGAAAAAGACCUUAAAGAAGAAUGCCCCCCAAUUGCUGCAAAACCACAACAACAAAAAAGUAGUCGUAAACGAAAAGCAUUCACACUGUCAAAAGGCUAUAAAGAUUCAGAAAAAUCAAAUAGCCGUUCUCGCAACAUCUGUGAUUCAUCGUCUGAUGAGAAUUCGAGCAGUAGUCGUGGUACCCUCGAUCUUAUAAUACCACCGCCGAAAAAUUUCCUCGGUUUAAAUAAUCCAUUUCGAAUGGUUACGCCCAAAAAGAGUGAACACACUGCCACAAAUACAUCUGGUGUGACAUCAAAGAACAGCAAUUCAAAGAAGAGUGUCAGUUUUGGUAGUAAUAGCAUAUUUACGAGUACAUUAGAUCUUAAUUCUAAGAUAGCAGCAUUAAAAAGUUCCGGGCUAUUCCCGAAUAUUAGUAAUAGUGAUAUUGCCAAAGCUGCUGGCCAGCCGAGGCUAGUACGUACGAUUAAACGAAGACUGAGUGCCAAAGAUAUAAUGAUCGGGCCAAAUCAGGAGGUUCGUCGACGACGAACUAGGCCAUUAUCAUCCAAUGUGGAGGUCAUAAGUACAACAACAAUAAAUCAAAUUCCAAGUAACUUCUUUCCAAUUCGUGCUCCAAUACCCGAAUCAAUAAACACAACAAUAAGCAACAGUAAAUCAACCAGCACAAUCACAACAGCAACAACAUCUUCACAGCCACCAUCAACUUCACCCAGUAACACAUCAUCUAGCUUAGACGGUGUACCAUCAGCAGCAGUUGCGACGCAUGGCCGGCGUCUGCGAAAGCGUCCUGAAAAAAUUUCACCCCAAAAUAGUCGACGAAAUUCCAUAUCCAGUUCCUCAAGUUCAAAUUCAUACACAGGCGCCACACUGGCUCCGCCCUCAUCUCAGUCCCAGAGUGCAGUCCCAUUGACCGAUCUGAAGUUGUCAGUGAAUAAAUACUUUGGAGCGGCCAAUCGUAUUGAAAAUGGUGAACAAUUUACCAUACGAGCAAAACGUCGAACUACCAGUGGACACACGCAGUAUUUAAUCGAAUGGGAAUCGUAAAUUGUGUUUUUUUCUAAAUGUAUCAUGAAAUGAAUGUGUUCUCAGUGUUCUCACAAGAAAAAAGCAAAAAACAUCUUCACUAUGCAUAAAUGUUUAAAACCA